UUUCAUUCUUCUUGCAACGACGAGACCAUGUCGCCGCCCAAGUCUGUCUACUACGCGUUCAUGCAGCGGCACUUGACAGCGGUGACGCUCGUCGUGACGGCGCUCACGGUGAGUCUGCUCCUCCUCAUGUCGUACGUCUUUGGUGCCGUCUCGUUCGACUGCAAGGACGGGGCCAACACCGCGCUCUUGCCGUCGCCGACCAACUGCUACGUGGGCACGACGCUCGGGUGGCUCGCCUCCGGCGUCUGGACCGCCUGCCUCGUCGCGCAGCUGCUCAAGGACGAGUUCUACUCCAAGUGCCGCGGCCUCAGCAUCCUCUGGGCGUGGAUGAACUUGACGGCGGCGUCGCUCAACGGCCUCGCUGUCUUUUACUGGGGCCUCCCGCUCUUUGUCCGCGCGGUCGGCGUUGCCAUGCCGCUUCUCGAGUGCCUCGUGCUGCACCAGCUGUACCGUUUCCGCGCUUUUGACCGGACGCCGCCCGGCGCCUCUCUCUUGCCGCCGCCGCUCGACGCGUGUCGCCAUGGCGAUGUGGUCUUUACCCAGCGCAUGUGGCAUAGCGCGAUCAGUCUCUACGUGGUCUUGAUGACGCUCGGGGUUCUGAGCUAUUGCCACAUUUUGCCGAUCGGCUUGCUACUCGAAGGUGGCAUUUGGCUCGCGAUUACGUUUUGGAGCUGCGAAGGCUUCUUGCAAAUGCACGUCAACUGGACGAUCGCGACGUGCGAAGGGCAGUCGUACUUUGCCUUGGGGUUGACGUUUUUCGGGAAAUUGUGCGACUUUACGGUCCAAGCGACGCUCACGAUGCCCGGACGGUACCUUCUCUUGGCAUACUUUUCGACCGCUGCCGGCUUGCUCAACGUCGCCCAGUGCGUCUUUAUGCUCUCGCAGCGUGCCACGUCAUCGCGAUGGCCAGCGUACGGGUUUUUGCUCGUUAUUGCGCUGUACCUUACGGGCUUUAUGACGUAUGUGAUGGUCGCCGCGCCCUUUCCAAUUGAUGCGGCGGCGCCGGACGCAUGGGUGCACGCCGCAGCGCCACGCUGGGUUGCGCUUCUUGGUCCUCUUGUCGUGGCGCUCGCAGCGAGUGCGGGCUAUGUCCUUGCGCGCUGCCGUGGCAUUCGCCCGAUUACGUUUGCGCCCGUCGAGUAA